AUGUCACAGGAAAGCGCUGUGGCAAGUUCGGCGCUGGACAUGCGGCUAAUCCCCGAGUUCGAUGGCGGUAACGCCUCUGUGGAAGAGUGGCUGGAUAAGACGGAGCUCGUCUGUCAGCUGCGCGGAGUGUCCGACAUUCAAACCGUCGUCCCCCUGCGGUUGACCGGCGGAGCCUUCAGCGUCUACCAGCAGCUGAAGCCCGAGGAGAAGCUGCAGUACUCUGCCGUCAAAGCUGCCCUGCUGCGGGCGUUCGCUGUGGAUAAGUUCCAGGCGUACGAGGAGUUCACGGCGAGAAGACUUCGUGUCGGCGAGAGCGUCGACGUCUACCUGCCGCAUGGAGAGCCUGACGCUGGCCGAGCUGGUGGAGCGGGCUCGGGCGCUGAUGGCAGAGAAUGCCGUCGCUGCAGCCGCUGCCGCCGCUGCGCCGGCCCGUUCCCGCCACACGCCGGCGUCAUCACGGUGUUACCGCUGCGGUCGAGCCGGUCACUUCGCUCGUGA